GCGUGACACAUGUGUUAAUGGUUGGUGAAAGGCAUCUGAAAUUCUGAGGGCAUAAAAUCCCUUGAUUUUGAUCAAUAUUGGACUAAGAAUUAAAAUACCACCAUGGCUAAUGAUGAGAUACGUGAGGUGACUGAAUGCAAGGACAAAUUACAUGAAAUGUCAGAGAAUCUAGUGAAAGUUGUGUUCCCACAGAAGAUUCGAGAGUUAGGGGAAUUAGUGGAGAGUGAUUUGUUUAGACUAAGUCGGAUGUCAGAGGUCACAACGAAUAUCAACAUUCCAGUUCCAGCCCCAGUCGUUCUAAACCAUUCUGAUGAUGUAGAUGAUGCCCUGAAACCACAUGCAAAGAAAAGGAAGCAUGACACAGAGAAUGAUGUACAAGGUUGCAAGGUGUUCUCUCUGCCUGCAGGAUCCGUAUCGUGCAACAAGCAGUUAACUGAUCUGAUAGAUAUCCUGAAACCCAAGAUAUGCUGCCUCAUAGAACACUGUAACACGCUGAAGAUGUGGAUCCAGCUACAGAUUCCAAGGAUUGAAGACGGCAACAACUUUGGAGUCUCCGUCCAGGAGGACACAUUAAGUGAACUUCGCCAGGUAGAGAGUGAGGCCGCUUCAUACCUUGACCAGAUAUCACGGUAUUACAUCACAAGAGGUAAACUAGUCAGCAAGGUCGCCAAGUACCCUCACGUGGAUGACUACAGGAGGAGUGUACUUGAAAUCGAUGAGAAAGAAUUCAUCAAUCUUCGUCUAACAUGCCUUGAGUUGAGAAAUACAUAUCUUUCCCUUCAUGACGUGAUAACAAAGAACAAAGACAAGAUCAAGAAACCUCGAGGAAACAACACAGAAUCAAUGUACUGAGGACAACGCCAUCAUCAUUACCAACCAACACAGUUCAACCCCUUGCCUCCCGGAACUGGUUGAUCCCUGCACAAAUUCUAUGGGAAUUACAGAGUUCAGUAAUCAACAGGUUAACUGCUUUUCUACUGGUACUUUGUAAUCUCUGUACAAAUCAUAUGUGAAUGACAGAAUUCAAGAGUCAACAGGUUAACCAAUUGCCUACUUGAUCUGGGUGAUCCCUGUACAAGUCUUCAGGGAAUUACAUGAUCCAGUGGGUUAAGAUUAUGACCCUCUGAGGUAGGGCUGAGUCAAACGGACUGGUCUAUAAGUGCCCAAACGAUGCUGUAAGUCGCUGGGAUAAUUUCUUCCAGACCGAUGAAUCGCUGAAUUCAAGAAAUACAUUAGAAACUCACGGAGUCAAAAGACUUUGACAGUUAACCACUUCAUGAACUUAGUUUAAUUCAUCUAAUAUAAACAAUCAACUUGGACUAUGGAAAUAGUCUUACUCGGUUGAUUAAAGGCUUGAUGUAUAGUAUCACAUGGAGGUUUUAGACCAAGAUCAGGAAUUAUAGGUCUUGAAGUGGUUGACGUUUACAGAUGUUGGCAAUAUUGAAUUUCCUAUAUGCAUUUUUCUUAAAUUCACCAGUUCCCAGGUCUCUGCUUAAAGAAGAUUGACAGUCAGCGGUAAAAAAAAAAUUAUGACUCGGCCAUAUUUAGUGUGACUAUUUGCAAUGGUGUUCUUAAGACACUAAUAUAGUAUCAGCACCAAUCAGAAUUUAACAAUAUCCCAAGGCAUUGCUUUUUACAAUCCACAAGCCUUGAAGUUAUUAGGAAUGCACAAGUAUUACUCACAGGGAAAUUAGUUUAUCCUCUUGGUCUUCUAGCAAGUGGUCUUUCUCUCAACCGGGACUCUCAGAUUGUCACAGAUAAGAUGACCUGGUCUAACCAUGGUUCGAUCCAACCUAUUUUGGUCUAAGUGUCACUUGUGCUAAUACUCGAUUGGUCCUACUGUCAUGCCUGGUCUUAUAGAGUGCUGAAGUGUGACAUCAUCAAUUUUCCGUUUUGGCAUAUCAGCGAUUUUGAUACCAUAUUUUGGUAGAGCAUGAUGAAAAACCCCCACAAUCCAAAUUUGGUGGGUAUCAGUUCAUGGGGGCCUGAGAUAUGACCUCAUGAAUUCACAAUUAGACCAUAUUAAGUCAACGUAUUAUUUUCCUGGUUCCUAUAGCAAUUUUGGAACCAGGUCAAUAAUACACUGACGUCAAUGGGGCUAAUUAUGAAUUCAUGAGGUCAUAUCUAAGGCUCCCAUCGACCGGUUCCCACCAAAUUCUGGUCGUGGGUUUUAUUAUCAUGCUGUACCAAAAUAUGGUAUCAAAAACGCUGAAAUGCUAAAAAAGUUUUUUGUGACGUCAUCACCUCGGUACUCUAUUUCCACUUUAUGUACUUUCAGUUUCUUUGUGGUCAAAUGAAAAUUUGGUUGAUUAACAGUUCAUCAAAUUAUCUAGACUGAGUAUGAAAUGGAAUAUUAGUAGACAAUUUUUUUUAGAUGGACUGGAUAUAGACAUAACUAGGAUUACACCAUGUUGAAUGAGACCAAAUGGAAAGUGGUUUAAGUACAUGUAGGUGUAGACAAAUUGGCAAACUUCUUUUACAUUUUUCCAAGACAACUUACUAUUGCUAUCAACACUUAUAUACAUUUCAUAUUCCUAAAGUGUUCAUUUUUUUUAACAGCAACCUAUGGUGUACAUGAAGUUAAGAACUACCAUACACCUUAAUUUCAUGUACCAACAGCUAUUUAAAAAAAAAAAAACUUCCCAAAGCACCCCUCAGUUCCUUCUGGAGGGGCAGUUAAAAGGGUUUUACCAUUUUGCUAUAAAACAUCGAUUGAAGUCUUCAUGAGGAAGCCCCACCCUCUUAUUGCAUCCACUCUACUAAAAAAAACAUUGAUAUUCCAAUACCAGGCCACCAUUAGUACAGGAUAUCAUAUGAAUUGACCAAAGCAGGGUUCCCUCAGUCAUGGAAAAUCCUGGAAAAAUUUGUGGUCAGGGAAAAGUCAUGGAAUUGCAUUUACCUCUUGGCUGUGGCAGUUUUCCAGUUUGUCGUGUCUCACAACUCUCAUACUCUGUGAUCAUACUCUGCCAUUAUAAUUGGUGUUCAUGAUUUCCAUUUCUUCUCACUUUUGUGACAUCCAAAAUUCUACAUAACUCCCGGGACAUCACGGGAAGUCUUGGAAAGCAGCAGUUUAGUCAUGGAAAAGUCAUGGAAUUCUGUUUUCAAAUUUCUGUGGGAACCCUGCCAAAGUCAAAGUGGAGACAUAACAAUUACCCAAUUAACGUAUCCAAUACCCUGAAAUGGAGUACCAAAUUGUGACCUGAACAUUUUAAAUUUUUUUAUUAGUACUAUUAUUUUAAUUUUCUGGCAAAUUGAUGAAGUCACACUUUGUUACUCUAUCUUCUUCACAUAAAUAUUCAAGAUGUGUAUUUUAUGAUUCUGAGUAUUUUAACCAUGAUUUCUAUUUCCUGUUACAAUCUCAUCAAUCAUGAUGUCGUUGAUAUUGAUCACUUCACCGUAGGUUUGUGUGUCUCUGAUUUUUAACCUAUUUAUCACAAUGUAUUCAUUUGAUCGAUUUCACACCAAGUUUUGUUUGCUAUGUCUAGAACAUCCCCUGUCUUAUGAAUUUUAUCUAAAAAAUGAUUUAAUCAUCAAAAAAUCUCUUAACCUGUAUACCAAAAAUCACCCAGUGGUCUAGCAAGCAAUGAUUUGUGACACAUAGCUGUUAAUCCACAAUAUGUAUAUGUACUUCAUUCAAUUUUAAAUCUGUGUUAAUCUUUUGAGAGCCCCCUUCUGUCGUUGUGCCAUCUUAAUCAGUUAGUUUUUAUUUUCCCCCCAUUUUUAUUGUGGUGCCAUGUUUUCUUCCAUGUGUACAUUUGAAGCAAGAGUAAUUUAAGUAAUAAAAUGCCUGUAAACCACAA